GAUCUUCGUGCUCUGGCUUUUUCAGCUCUGUGUUUGAUUGCUUUUCUUGCUGUGAUCCAUGAUUUCACUCUGUUCUCCACUAUUUUCCUGAUUCUCACCACUAGCAGUGUACAGAUUAUCUAAUGAAUGAAUGGAUUAUUAUUAUUAUUUGGCAUGUAUUACUAAUUAUACAAAUGAAUCUGAUAUAAAUACUACAUUUAAUUAAAUUUAUCUGAUUUAUAUAGAAAACCAGAAUGCCAAAAAUCAAGUAAGGCAACUAUUAUAAUCUAUCCAAAAUCUAUUAGCUAAUUCAUUUGUUAUUUGAUUUAUAAUAUGUGAAGAGUGGGCCUAAAUAUCUGUUCUCUUCUAUAUUUAUUAAGUUAAUAUUUUCUAAUAAUGUGUGCUGGUGGUGGUGUUCAUUGAAAUAUGAAUAAUGAGUACAUCUCUUUUCUCUGUUUCAGUGUGUUUGAAAAAUGAAUGAGGUCGCGCGCGCGCGCGUGCACGGCAGCAUCAUCACACGCAGCAUCUUUCGUUCAUUCCACUUCAUAUUUACUCCAUUAAUACUGCGUCAGACGGGGAUAUUCCGCUCUGCUGGAUUACCGUGAGGAUAUCUGCGCUGCUGGUUUGCGGUGUUUUCAUGGAAAAUGGCGAGAUGUGUUCACGCGCGUCUGAUGAUGAUGAUGAUGAUGAUGAUGAUGAUGGUGAUUUUCAGCGGAUCAUGGACCGCAGUGGACGCGCUCACAUUCCCCCAGCAUUACACGAUCAUGCACUGGGCUCGACGCAUUGAACAGGAGAUUGACAGAGUCCUGCAGCACAUCAGCGGAGCUCAACAACUCAAAGGGAUCUACAAUGAGAAGAGAAGACAGUUCAGUGUGGUCAGAAAUAACCCACGAGACAUCGUAGAGAAAGUCGCAACAGACAUCGAGAGACUGCUGGCCAAGAAACGCAAAGCUCUAGAGAAACUGGCGAGUGAAGCGGAGCGUCUGCAGAAAGAUCAUCGCUGGCAGGAUGGGAUCAAGGAGGAGAAUAUUGAAUAUUAUAACUCUAAGGCAGAGAUGGACUAUGACGGUGAAGACAUUGAUUCUCAAAUGUCGCUGAAGUUGGAUUUCGUUUACGACCCAAACUUUAAAAACCAUGUGAAUUACUCUCACACUGCGGUACAGAUCCCAACGGACAUCUAUAAAGGAGCUCCAGUGAUUCUGAACGAGCUGAACUGGACUCAGGCAUUAGAGAGAGUUUUUAUGGAAAACAGUAGAGACGACCCGUCGCUGCUCUGGCAAGCGUUUGGGAGCGCCACAGGAGUCACGAGAUAUUACCCAGCGGCUCCAUGGAGAGCGCCAGAUAAGAUUGACCUGUACGAUGUACGACGGAGACCCUGGUAUAUUCAAGGAGCGUCGUCACCCAAAGACAUGGUCAUCCUCGUGGACGUGAGCGGCAGUGUUAGCGGUCUCACUCUCAAACUGAUUAAAGCUUCAGUCACCGAGAUGCUCGACACGCUUUCUGACGAUGAUUACGUCAACGUCGCCAGGUUUAAUGAGAAGGCGGAAGCGGUGGUGCCGUGUUUUAGGCAUCUGGUUCAGGCAAACGUUCGCAAUAAGAAGAUCUUCAAAGAAGCCGUGCAGCAGAUGCAAGCCAAAGGAACCACAGAUUAUAAAUCCGGCUUUCAUUUCGCCUUCAACCAGCUGCUCAACAAGACGAAUGUACCUCGAGCGAACUGUAAUAAAAUAAUCAUGUUGUUUACUGAUGGAGGAGAAGACCGAGCUCAGGACAUCUUUGAGCAGUACAACUGGCCCAAUAAAACGGUCCGUGUCUUCACGUUCUCUGUGGGGCAGCACAAUUAUGAUGUCACUCCUCUGCAGUGGAUUGCAUGUGCUAAUAAGGGAUACUAUUUUGAGAUCCGCUCCAUCUGUGCGAUACGGAUCAACACCCAGGAAUAUCUGGACGUGUUGGGUCGGCCGAUGGUUCUGGCGGGCAGGAGUGCAAAACAGGUUCAGUGGACGAACGUCUAUCAGGAUGCUCUGGGUCUUGGUCUGGUGGUGACCGGUACGAUACCUGUGUUUAAUCUUACAGUCGAUGGGAACUCUCAGAAUCAGCUGAUUCUCGGUGUGAUGGGGGUUGAUGUUCAUCUGGACGAGCUGAAGAGACUCACACCACAAUACAAGCUGGGAGCUAACGGAUACAUCUUUGCCAUUGACCCCAAUGGAUAUGUGCUGCUGCAUCCAAACCUGCAGCCUCAGGACGAGGAUCUGCCUGAUCCAGUAACUCUGGACUUCCUGGAUGCAGAAGUAGAAGACAGCAGCAAACAAGAGAUUCGACGGCAAAUGAUCGACGGCAGAUCGGGGGAAAUGACCAUCAAAACUCUCAUUAAAUCAGUGGACGAGCGCUACAUUGAUGAAGUCGUACGGAUGUAUGCAUGGACUCCCAUUAACAACACAGAUUACAGUCUGGGACUGGUACUGCCACCAUACUGUGAAUAUUACAUCCAGGCUGAUCUCAGUGAUGUCAUGCUACAACUGCAGUAUCUACAGUCUCUGCUGCCAAACUCUUUUGUGUCUGCGGGUCAUGUGUUUCUAGCUCCCAGGGAAUACUGCAAGCGUCUGCAGUUGGCGGAGAAUAACACACAGUUUCUGGCUGAUUUUCUGUCUCUGAUGGUGGAGAUCACACCUGAAUCUGAAGACUGUGAUCAGGGUCUGAUUCAUAAUCUGAUUCUGGACUCAGGGAUCCUCUGGCAGCUUGCCACACGUGUCUGGCAAAAUAAAGAUCUGAACACGUAUGGAUUCCUGGCAUUGUUUGCAUCCACCAAUGGAGGUGUCACACGUGUUUACCCCAAUAUGGCUGCUGAAUCAUGGGAUGAAGACCCCGAGCCUCUGAAUUCAAACUUCUAUCGUCGCAGUCUGGAUAACAAGGGUUACAUGUUCAGAGCCCCGACACGCACCUCCAUGGAUGAUCUGUUGAUCUCUGAAAACGGUACGGUGGGAAUUCUCGUCACCACUGCUGUGGAGGUCACAAUCGGAGGAAAAACCAUGAAACCUGCAGUUGUUGGUGUUAAACUGGAUUUAGAGGCGUGGGUCGACAAGUUCAAGAUCCUCGCCAGUAACGUAUCAGACAGCAGACAGGCCUCACAUAAGUGUGGACCGUCUAGAUCCUGCGAAAUGGACUGUGAAGUGAACAGCGACGAUUUACUCUGUUAUCUGAUUGAUGACGGUGGAUUUCUGGUGAUGUCCAAUCAGAGAGAUCACUGGAAGAAGGUGGGUUUGUUCUUCGGUGAGGUGGACCCGUAUCUGAUGUUCGCCCUCUAUAACAACUCAAUCUACGCUCGACAUCAGACCUUUCAGUACCAGACUGCAUGUGAACCGAUGGCCAGCAGCCACACGGGAGCCGCACACAGACGAUUUUACAUGCCUUCCAUUACUGAUUUUGUCAGUCUGGCGUGGUGGACGUCAGCAGCGGCAUGGUCUGUUCUGCAGCAGUUCUUGUAUGGACUCAUCUACAGCAGCUGGUUCACUACAGAUGUGUUUGCAGAGAGUUUUUCUGACAGUAAAGGAAGCAGCAGCAGUUGUGUGACGGUUCACAGUCAGUUUUAUUUCACCAACACCACCAACUCGUUCAACGUACUGCAGGACUGCGGGAACUGUUCCAGGCUGUUUCAUGCCAAACGGAUUGAGAACACAAAUCUCUUAUUUGUGGUGGCUGAGACUCUGCCCUGCAGCUCCUGCGAGAUCGAGAAACUACUUCCUGUCAGAACAAAGUCUCAAGAAGAGAACCCGUGUGAGGUGUUGAAUUCUGCUCGCUACAGGAAAGGACCUGACAAAUGCUUCGACUACAAUGCUGAGGAAAACGCAUCAGAGUGUGGCGCCGCUCGCUCUUUGCACUGUCCAGUCAGAUUUCUUCUCUGGAUUCAGUUAACGUUGCUUUACCUCGUUCUACGAUCUUAAUUUCAGUCUCACUGCCUCUGUGUGUCUCAUCCGUGUGACACUCCGGAUCUCUCCUGAUAUAUUCCUGGUUUUCCUGCUCUCCAGUUCAUCGUCAGGUGCAUUCCAGCUGUGUGCCGUUAAAGAGCAGAGCAUGAUGGGAUAAUCGUGUCUUUGUAACGCAGACAUUGUGCAGAUCCAAAAAACCCAAAACUGUCUUCAGUCGUUUCACCGGAAAAAUGUACAUUUCUGCUGCCGUAAAGUGUGUUUGCUUGCCAAAAACAGGACAGGACCUGGUUUGUUUUCAAACAUGGAAAAGCAAAGAUUUUAUGCUUAUUAUCGCAAUCUCGCUUUGUGCGUUUUUAUUUAGUCUUGCCUCACUCUGGAUUUCAUGCCAAACCCAGACGUACUGGGGACGUGCAACUUUUGUUUCUGCUAUUUAUUUAAGCUUCCUUGCCAAUAGAGGAUGUUGUUUCAUUGCUAACAGCAUUGUUUAGGAGAAAAAAAGAAAAUUUCGGUUUCAUUUUGUUUUAGCGCUUUGUCGAAUGUUUUAAGGGCAUAUAUUUUGCAUAAAUAUCGCUGCUUGGUUUGCUACCCAAUAGUGCCUUGGCGCACUUGUCCGAAUGGACUAACAAAAGCACUGGACAUGUAUGUGACUGACCCUGAGAGAAUGCUUGAAAAAGACACGGUACUGAAUGAUAGCUUGAAAUGUCUUUGGUUUACAGUAUAAGGGUGAAUCUCACGAAACCUGUAAAGAAAUAUUUAAUAUUUCACCCCUAAAUCAAAAGAACAAAAUAAGAAAUCUUAUUCGCAUUUUUGCAUUUUGUGCUUGUUUAUUUAAAAAAAAAAGAAAUUACGCAAAAUUCACGGUAACAUUGAGGCACUUACAAUGGAAGUUAAUUGGGCUAGUACGUAAACGUUAAAAUGAACACAAGACGUAAAUAGUAUACAUGUUAACAUGAUUUUAGUGUGAUGCAAUACAUGAUUUACCGGCAUUACAGUGUACACAAGAUUACAAGAUUUACCAGCAUUAUGUCGUCAAGACUACCAAAUUGUAAUUAUUGGAUAUAACUUUAAACUGGUAAACUUAAGACUGGUUAGUAAGCGAUUACAGUAUAUUGCACUAAAAUUCUGUUAACACAUAUGAUGUUUACAUCUUGUGGCUAUACUUUUGAAAUGGUGUGUAUUUUAAUGUUUAUGGACUGGCCCCAUUCACUUCUAUUGUAAGUGUCUCACUGUAACCAUUUUUUUUUUCAAAAUUAUUUUUUGUGGUUAUCAGCAACAUACCACAAAUGCUGGCCAUGUAAUGCUAAAAAAAAACUACGUAUUAAUUAAAUAGUGGUAUUUGUUUUACAUUUAAUUUAGCUGAUUUUAAUAAAAACAAUUUUUUUAAAUAAAAAUCAAUAUAUUGCACUAUUUUUUUUUUUCCUAAAAAUAUAUAAGUUUAUUUAAAAAAAUAUUUUGAAUUGUUCUUAAAUGGGCUCCAUUUUUUUGUUUUUUUUUAAUACAUUUUAUAUUGAUUUUUAUUGAUUUUUAGGUGAAAUAGGGACCUUUCUUCGCAAGAUUCGCCCAAGCAUGUCCUUUGGUGUUGAGUAUUGGUUUUACUAUACAUGUUCUACUGAUUCUGUCUAUACAAAGGCACUAUUGUCUAAUUGUUUUAUCUUUUUUGAUGUAAAUAUGAUUAUUCCACAUGGACUUGAACUACUUCAGUGUGUUUUAAUGAAAUGGAAUGCAAGACAGUUCGCCAGACAGAUGCAUGCUGGGAAAAAUUACACUCGACACGAGCGUUUACAGACGUUUGACCAAUACACGAUGACUUAAUUUUUUAUUGAGUCCAUAGAUGUUAUCAAAAUUAUUUUUAUUUAUUAUUUUAUUAUUUUAUUUGAUUUGUAAGUUGCUUGCAAAAUGUAUCAAGUGUAGAUUUGUAGUUUUCUUGCUUAAGUUUGAUGGAAAUGCUUUUGUUUUUUUUAUUGCAGAAGUUUUGUUGCUUUUCAGUGAUAUAAAUGUUUUAAAGGUCCAUUUAGAGAAAAAAAAAGAUUAUACUACCAGUCAAAAGUUUGGAUACACCUACUUAUUUUUUAUUUUUACUAUUUCCCACAUUUUAUAAUAAUAGUUAAGUCAUCAAAAGCACAAAUGAAACCUAUCAUUUGUCUACAAAUCUAAUUUCAAGCAUUUAAGCACAAAUCAAUCAAAAGUUUUUUAAAAUCAUGAGAAACUUAAAUUCAGUUAAGUGUAUUGAAGCAUUUGGUGUUGGUUUUUAAAAAAAUGUCAUGGGAGCUAAUGCUUCUUAAUGUGGCCAUGCUUCCAAAACAAUGUACUUUCAAACCAAACUGGACCAAGAUUUUUUUUUAAACAAUGUUCAUGUUUAUUAUUAAGCUCUGAAAUGGACUAAAAGGGUUUCACGUGAUGUGUUUUGUUAUCGUUAUGGCUUGAGCAAUACUUUGAAUUCUGUUGAUUACAUUAAAAUGCAACGAGCACACCUGAUAUUGUCUUAAGAAAGAGCAUGAAAUCAGUAUUUGAGCCGCUUUCAUUUGAUGACUUUGGUUCAAGCUUAUCUUUUAAUAUUGGAUUAAUAUUUGUAUAUUAUGAGCUAUGAGUGUUUUAAAGUAUUAUUUAAUGUGAUUAAGAGUAUUUACACUGUUGUCUUUAUGUAAAAAGCUCUGUGUUACACUGAAUUUUAAUGACGUGUAGGAAUGUUUGAAUUAUUUUUAGUUUUUCAUUCCAUUGUUCUGCGGAUGUUUGUUAACUUUGUGAAAGGGUUUUCCCCCUUUCCACAGUCUUCCAUAUCACAUCAUUUUGUACAGAUGGCACAAUUCUAUCAAGAAAGGCUAACUUUGUAUCAUAUUGUGCCAUUCACUUCUGGAAAAUGUUUAUAAGAGAAUUGGUGAGAUAAAGACAUAUUAAAGACAUUCAUAUUU